GACCUCAUUGUUGGGCCGCGAGCUGAAUUUGAUGGACGGAGCAGGCAGCCAAUCGCGUUCGUUUUUUCAAAUAUAACCCUCCCCCUCCGCUGUCACUUGUGUCGCCGUGGUAACGACAAGACCCUGCAGUGUCGGGGAGAAGAAAUGCAGCGCUCGUGACACAAUUUAAACUCAAAUAAACAAUAAGUGACCGCUUAUCUUUACGGAAAGUAAGUUAUAAAUCGAAGGUUGAAACUUUUUGCGGGAGGAGGAGUUGACCUUCCUCCAGGAUGGAGGUGGCUCUCUCCGGGCCCCAGAUGCUCUCUGAGACCCCGAGGAGGGCGAGGCCCCUGCCCCUGAGACAGCUGGUGGAGGAGAGCCGGAAAACGCCCAGGCAGCUGCCGGACUCCAAGAAUUUUGCCAACCCAAAAUGCAACAGCCAGAUCCAAGCAGAACCUCCAGAGCUUCAUUUCAGUGGCUUUCAACUUAACAAACAAUAUCAAAAAACCCUGAAACUCAUCAACGUCUCAUCAGAAGCCCUGAAUAUUCACAUCGUUCCGACACUCACCGAGUACUUCCAGACAACUUUCACCAAAAAGCAUCGACUCAUCCCGGGCCUCGCCUACACCCUGAAGGUUGCAUUCUGUCCGGAUGAGUGGCGGUACUUCUACGACUGCAUCCACGUCCGUUGUGAGGGUGAAGAGAACCUGUUAAUUCCAGUUCACGCUUACCCAGUCAUCGACGACCUGCACAUCCCCGCCCACAUUGACCUGUCAGCCGUGCCGCUCGGACAGAGCGUUCAGCGCACGAUUCCUCUGAGAUGCAGCUGCCCCGUUGACUUCGAGUUCCAGGUGUUGGUCAUCCAGUCACACGAGGCCUUCUCCGUCCAGCCUCUUUCAGGUGUGAUCUCAGCCAACCAGGACUCAAAGAUCACGGUGACCUUCAGUCCUCGUCAGUACCGGACCUCCAGCAUCACCUUCCAGCUGGUGGUGUCGCAGUUCAACACCAAGCCUUACCUGUGCACCGUCACCGGCAGCUCAGCGCCUCACUUAGGCCCGAGCGUUCUGCAGGAUCAGCUGAGUCUGAAAGAGGCAGCUCCUCCAGAACAGAAAGGACUUGCACCACUGAAAAGAAACAAACCCAAAUCAAGCAAGGAGGCUAACAAACUCAAGAGGCUGGGAGAUCAGGCAGGUGUUAGGCAUGGAUUAACACCUCCAGUGGAUGUCUGCACCCCUGCAGGGGCGGCCAAGAUGCCCAUCAAAGACAUCAAUAAACCCAGCGUUAAAAACCCCAAGAAAGUCGGUACCAGUGAAAACGUGGCGGCGCCGCAGAGCAGGCAAGUGAGGGGUGUCAAAAGGGAGGAAGAAGAGGCCCAAAAGAAGUGCCAGACUCGUCUGGGCAUGGAUCCCAUGUCGGAGCAAACCAGGAAGCAGAUCCUGGAGGAACGGGAAGCAGCCCUGGAUGAACUCACGCUUAGAGGAGGAGAUGCAGAAGACUCUGCUCCUGGAGUAACCAUACUUUCAUCCGAAAGGGUGCUUCGUGAAGCAGAACAGGUUCCUGAGAGGUCUACGCCCCUCCCGUUUCACAGCCCUGUUCCGUGGGAGCUGCGACUCAGACUUCUGCGACUGUUUCAGCAGGCAGCCCGCAAGAUCGUAAUCCAGUGUCGGAUGAAGAGGAGACUGGCCUGUUUGAGGAAGAACCUUCCCUCCAUACUGAAAGCUGAAGAAUCAAACAAGGAAUCUUUUCAGAUUCCUCCAGACAAAGUCUUUCCUCUGUCGUUCUUGGUGUUCUCCGAUGAGGACGAUCCUUUGACUUUCAGUAAUUUAGCGCCAGAACCCGUGGACGCUAUCGACGUGAUCGCGACGACGCGCAUCCCUCUCUUCCAGCUCCAAGUUCCUCAGCACUACAAGCUCAUGGGCUACCGACCUGUUUCAUUAUGGGAUGCGUUUCAUUCCUAUGUUCCUACAACUCUGGCCAGGCCACUUCGCUCUGGAUCUACGACUGACGUCCAGAGGGAAUUCACCAAUUCAACAGAAGAGGAAGUUCCUGCUCUGUCUUUCAGGGCUCCCGACGCUCUGAUUAGACCUCGUCCUGUGAACCCACUCAGAAUUUUUAAUCCAGCACCUGGUCUUCAAGCUUUCAAGCCUGUUCCAAAGUUCCUAGAGAGCGAUCUGGAGUUUUACCUCUGUCCUUUGCCGAGGUUACCUGAGAGCAACACGAACAGCUUUGGGGUCGAAGCUUCUAACAGACAGAAGAGGUUUCUCAAUUACAAAAAGGAGCUGGACAAAGUCAUGCUGUGGCAGAACUUUGAUUCCAAGUUGUUAAAGGGUUUAUCGAGCCAACCGGCUCUCAGCAGUGACGGCGCCCCUCGGAGGUCCAUCGACUACAACGCAGAUAUCCUCCUCCUUGCGGCGCCUCCUCCCCUCCCCUCUCUCCCUGAUGAUCUGGUGCCACUAACAGACACGCCGUGCGACGGCUCGGGAGUCCAGCUGACACCUGAGAUGAUCCGAGCCGAGUUCCUGUCUGGGAAAGCGCUGGUCUCCAAUAGCAACCUCACCGCAGGACCAACAGCUCGGGAGCGUCACGCAGAGGAGACCCGCGGAUCUCAGCUCAGAAGAGUGAUGGCCAGGCUGAAGGAGCUGCGAGUCACCGGCGGAGAGACGUGUGAAUAGGCAGAACGCAGUACUCCAAAGGCACAUUAUACAUCCCACUCGCCACAUACACUCCAGAAAAAUACAAAAAAACAAAAGCCCACCUUGAAGGCUCUUUUUCCACCCACUCAGAAGUAAGGUUUUAAACGUGUUACUCCCGCCUCCAGUCAGUUCCUCUGAAAGCACAGCUGCAGUUUAGCCUCACAAAUGUGGAAAAUCUGCAAAUAAUGAGGCAGUUUUCCUCCAAAAGGAGAAACCCUUGAGUCGAAUUUUUUUUAUACAUCUAAACCAAAAGAUUGAAUCUUGUUGAAAAUGUUCAGAUUAAUGAAAGCAGCUGAGGUCAGAACGUAAACAAGAGGUUGACUCGUCACCACCUAUAGAGGGCGCUCCGACUCUGUGAGUUUCACGCCAGAGGAGGUGACCACAUUUAUUUGUCCUCUGAAUUGCAAGCUGUGAAUAAAAAAAAAAAAAUCAGUGCAUGAACUCUCUUUUUCCAGACAAAAAUAUGCAAAAAAAAAAAAAAGGUCACAUUGUUCA